ACCGCGUCCCGCCGUGCGCCCCGGCAGCCCGCGGUCCGCUGCCGGGUGGAUGGCGGGGUGCCCGCCGUGUCUCUCACCCCCGGUGGCCGGACCGCGUGGGCGGAGAGUGGCCGGGGAAGGGGGGGCGACGGACGCGGGCGUGGGUCCGGUCGGUGCCGCGGCGUCCGGCGGAGGGGGCCGCUUGCUCUGUCUGCGGAGCCGGGGGACCGCUCCGCCAGCAGCGAAGGGACCAGCAGGGUAUAAGACAUUCAUGGCUCCUGGUUCCUCAAAUGAGAAGAAAACUGAUGAUGGACAGGCUGCAAAAGAGAAUUUUAUUCAUCUCUGCAACCCUCACCUGGAGAAAAUGAAAGAAGACAUUCUGUACCAUUUUGCUCUUGGGACCGGUACCCAUGAUUUUCCAGCAUUGUUUGGGGAUGUAAAGUUUGUGUGUGUGGGAGGAAGUCCUUCCCGAAUGAAAGCUUUUAUCGCCUACAUAGCGGAGGAGCUGGGGCUCGGGGGCCCCGGGUGUGACUACCCCAACAUCUGCGCGGGCACCGACCGCUACGCCAUGUACAAAGUGGGGCCCGUGCUGUCCGUCAGUCACGGUAUGGGGAUUCCUUCUAUUUCAAUCAUGUUGCACGAGCUAAUCAAACUGUUGUAUCAUGCCAAGUGUUCUGACAUAACCAUCAUUCGCAUUGGCACCUCUGGUGGAAUAGGUCUAGAGCCAGGCUCAGUGGUCAUAACUAGGCAGUCUGUAGAUGCCACCUUCAAGCCUCAGCUAGAACAGGUUGUUCUGGGAAAGACAGUGAUUCGCAGCACCAACCUGGAUGAACAGCUGGCUAAGGAGCUGAUGCAGUGCAGUAAAGAAAUUGGUCAGUUCAAUACAGUCAUUGGAAACACCAUGUGCACCUUGGAUUUUUAUGAAGGACAGGGCAGGUUGGAUGGUGCAAUCUGCUUAUAUGACGAAGAAGAAAAGCUGCAAUAUUUGAAGAAUGCUUAUGAGUCUGGUGUGAGAAACAUCGAGAUGGAGUCUUCUGUAUUUGCUGCAAUGUGUAAUCUCAGUGGUGUCAAAGCUGCUGUAGUGUGUGUCACUCUUCUGAAUCGACUCGAGGGGGAUCAAAUCAGCAGCCCACAUGAUGUCCUUGUGGAGUACCAGCAGAGGCCACAGAAGUUAGUGGGAUAUUUCAUUAAGAAAAGUCUUGGGAAAGUAUGAAAUAUCCAUCUUGUGUUUUAGAGAAGGAGAAGGCCUUUGUACAGGUCUGGUCAUGGUUAUGACUUCUGUGCUUUACAGGUCUUUUGCCUCAGAAUAACUUACAGCAUUCCGUGUGUCGGGGGAAGUUAAUCAUUUAUGUCACUGUUCUUUGGGAACUAAAUGUGCUUAAGGACUUCACUUAAGUUUUGCUUAGUUAUGCAUUGCUGGAUAGAAAACUCACUUUUCUGCAAAUGGGAAAGUGGAUCUGUUGUGAAGGACAAGCCUGUGAUAAUAUAUGAAAGAGCUUUAUUUAUGUCUGCUCCCAAAGAAAAACUAGAGAGAAAAUCAAACUUUAUGGCCAAGUAUGUGUAUACCAGCAAACUAACUUAAAAAUUCAAAUAAUUCUCUUAUUGUUAUAAAAAUAUAUUAGUUAUAAUUGUCUUUGUUUCUUCACUUGUAAAGAAAAUUUGAAGAGAAUGCAGGUUUUUUUUUUUGCAGACUUUGACAAAUAAACAAUACUAUUUUCAUAUAUUAAAAUUUCAUGAAAUUGCAAAGUGUGGGACUGAAGUUUCUAAGCAUUAAGGACUUGACACUGAGCUGUUGAAUAGCUGUACUGCCUAGAUACUAAUCCAGCAAUAUUUUAACUAAAGAAUUGAAUCAAUACCCGGGAAAUAUUUAUGCAUUAAGUAAUUUUGCAUUGAGGUACUAGCAAUCUUUUGCUGAAACAAGACUCCGGCUUAUGAAGAGGAACCGAAGGCAUUUGGGAGGUGCACAGCACGUUCACAGGCCUGUAUUAUGGUAGCCCUUUUCUUUUCUUGCUUUUACUUUGUUUCUUUUUUUUUUUUAAAUUGGUAUUAAUCUCCAUUCUCAGGACGUAACACUCACUGUUGCAAUGGUUCCCAGUUCUUCUGAAGAACUGGAGUAUACCUCUUAGUGGUACAUGCCAUCAAAACCCCUUCUGCAAUUGCAGUUUUUUCCGCUAACGUUGGCCUAAGUGUUUGGGUUUUUUUUUUAUUUUUAAAUCAUUCUCCUUGCUGCUUUGCUGCUGUGGUUUGAAUGUAAACACGUGGUCAGUUAAAGAAAAUGUGUUUAUCUCUUUUUCUUUUUUUUAAAAUUUUUUUAUUUUCCUUUCUACUGCAGUGGGGAAUGGUCCAGUCCUAGCAGGGGUCACGGGUCAAAAAGUCUGAAUAAGCUCUCAGAACAGUUCUGGCUGACCCAGCAAAUGAGAUUUUCUUUGUGAGAAUUGCAGUCUGCAAUGCUGUUAACAAGCACAAGAGUUAAAACUAUAAGAGAGGGAUGUUAGUAGUAGGCACAGUCACCAAGUGACAGAGACUGGAAACGAUGUGAUGAAAAGAUUAAAAAAGAAGGGUGACUCGUGAACAGGAAAUUGCCAAUGAGCAUCAGUCUCCCUAAAUUUGAUGAGUCUUUAAGCUGGGAAAAAUAUUAGUAACUUUUACAAAGUUACGAUCUAAUCUUCUGUUAAUUUUCAAGCCACAUUUUCUUAUGAUCAGGAUAUACAGUGAAGGUAAUUUUUCAGAGAAACUAUUUUUUUUCCCUAUGCUUAGGGCAAGGAGAGAAGUGGGGAUGGCUCCACAUUUUGUUUGAACUGUUUCUACUUUAUUAAAAAAAAAUUAAAAAAACCCCUGUGUUUAACUAAACCUAACCAAGCCUGGUGCUUGCCUAGGCAUUGUGUGAAGUCUGUGAGGCCCUUUGGGAAACAUGCAACAAAGCACAUCUUUUCUCUCCAAGAUCCUGUUCUCGAAACAGCAACAAGGAAAUAAAAAUGAGAUCACGUCAGUGUGUGCUGCACUUUAUGAUGAAGGAAGUCUUACACCAAAUUGACUGGCAUGGGUUUGGAUGAGACAGUUUGCUGUUGUAUAAGAAAUUCUUAAUAAGAAGGACCUAAAGAGACAAAAAAAAAAUGCUUUGCCUAGAAAACAAGCACUUAAUGUAACUCUGUGGAUCUCUGGGGAAGCAUAUUACUACAGUUGUCCUGAACGACAACAAUCUUAAAUGAUGUGAUCUGUCUUUUUAAAGGAAGGACAGAAUGAAUCUGGGAACUUGUUUAAAAGAAUUAUUGUAAUAGUGUGUGCUGUAAAAUGAAACCAAAAAGUUAUUAUAUUUACAGUCAAAUAAUGUAGGCACUUCUAUUCUGAAAACUCAUAUGAAAACUCUCAUGUGCUAGCUGCUAAAAUAAAAAUGGUCUUGUAUCCUGGCCAAGCUGGAGAUAAGGGUCAUGCGUUCGUGGAGUGAGGCAACUAUUGUAUUAAAUCAAUAGCCAAGACCCUGGCAGAAGCCUCUGAAAGAUGAGACAUUAACCGUUUGCCUGUAUGUCCUUCCUCCUUCCCACUGUUCCUUAGGACACUGUACAUUUCUUUCUGCUAAAAGAUUUACUUCUGUGCUUCCCACCACAUGAAGUAAAGGGACCUAUGAAAGCUUAAAUUUAGAAGUCAAAGGGUACCCAGUAUCCUCCUGUUUCUGCUGUUCCCCCUCCUCUGAUGCUGUGUUCCUAAUGCAAGAGGUCACUCUACAGACACAUCUGACACGCAAUAAAAUACCUUUCCUGACUUCGGAGGAAACUUUCCUGACUUCAGAAUAUUACACUGAUAAGAACAAUUGUAUUUUCCCUUACGACUGCUACUGGACAGGGAGAUAAAGAAGUGAGUCACUUGUGUGCAUCCGGCCGAGAAGUGACCUUUCUGUAGGCUUUACGGAGAGUUAUACAAUAUUUACAGGUUUUAUAUGCAAGUCAAUUGUUCAAUAUACCCAUUAUCAGUCUUUCUGUAGAACAUGAAUCAGGAAUCAAAGUGGUGAUAUUUUAAAAAACAUAUGUGGUGUUACAUAUAUGCUCAACAUUACAUAAUGCAGUGUCUCCUAGUAGAUUUACAAAUCCUGCAAACUCCAGAAACCCAUUUCAAAUCGAGGGCCUGCUGUGGUUCUCUGUGCCAUCCUGUACCUAGCAAAAUAAUAUACAAUCCAUUUAAUCCAGGGGUCAGAAGGAAUAAAUGCAAAGAAGGAAUGCAUAAGAUAUGAAUAGAGUGGAAGCAGGAGGGGAGAAAAAAGUGGUUCCUACGACUGGUUUGUUCUGUGAUUCAUGGUGUUCUGGCCUAUUCCUACCAUUUUAUUAAAGAAAUGGUUGAGAUCAUAAUGAAGACAGCCUAUAAUGCAAUGGUUUUACAUUUGCAAGAGAUUGAAAAAGAGCAGGAACUCAGACAGUGACUUGAAGGAGUGGAUUUUUAUUUCUGGCAUCUUGAUGUAUUUCAGAGAAGGGUUUCCUCUAAAGGAAGGUAUGAGAAAUCCUGAAAAGGAACAUUAUGGAAUGAUCUAUGUCCACAAGUAGUUAGACAACAAAUUUUUUUAUCUGUCCUUUAAAAACCUAGAGAAAUAAUUUGAUAAUUUGAAUAUUUCUUGAAAAUAUAUACAUGUAAAUAAGCAACAUGUUUUUCUAACAUUCUUCUUUGUAAAGGAUUUUCAGUGCAUUGUGCAACAAAACUGGAUUUUUUUCAAGUCAAGAUCUCAAUACAUACUCCUAAAUAAAA